UAAAUAAGUACAGAAGUCAGAACAGAACCACUUGUGUUUGAACCCUAACUUCUGGUCGUCGAUGUGGCUGCUGGUGGUUGGUUCGUUUGUCGACGAUUUGCAUAUCAGUUGAGCAACAGACUAAUAAGAUGGAUAGAAUCAGCAAGCUUCCUAUCGGCAUAAUAGAAACCAUCUUAUGUUUACUACCGAUUCAAGAGGCAGCAAGAACAAGCAUCCUCUCCAAGGAAUGGAGGUACCGUUGGACCAAAAUCCCUAAACUUGUCUUUAUACAGGAUCGGCCUCAUGCAUGGACUGAUGAGUCUGCGCUGGCUGCUCUGGAGCGAUACCGUGACAGACCAAGUGAAAGGCGUAAACUUUUUUAUGCUAUAUACCAAGUUCUGCUUAUACACGAGGGUCCAAUACAUGAGUUCACCCUUGAUAUGGAAGUAGAUGGCUCGUGUGUUGAGAUUGACCAUUUCUUACAUCAUUUGUCGAAGAAAAAUACUCUCAAGAUAUUAAAACUUGACCUCGAUGCGGGAGCUUUUGAGGGACAUAGGUUACCUAUAUGUCUCUUCUCUUUACACCAAUUAACAAGUUUGUAUCUCCAUGGUUGUGUUCUUUAUGAAAAACAUUCAUUCAAAGAAUUUGGUUGCCUUACAACCUUACAUGUGGAAAAUGUAUGUACGCCUGUGAAAACGCUUUUGCGUCUUUUAUCCAGCUGUCCAUUACUUAAGAGUUUGACUCUCGACGUUGAGCGUUCACUCGUCACUAAUAAUGGAGAUACCACCUUUGUUGAUCUAUUCAAGUGUUUACCAGUGAUCGAGUAUCUUUAUUUUAAAUUUUUCACCAUUGAGUGUUUUGUCCCGGAGAGACUUCCGAAAGAGCUCCCAACAGCAUUAGCCCACUUGAAAUACUUGUGUUUGGAUAAUGUGUGCUUCAUUCACAAAUACGGGUUACCUUUUCUUGCUCUUCUGAUUAGAAGCUCCCCGAAUCUUGAGAAACUUGAGCUAGUGAUGUAUUUUGAAGAUUUUCUUGGAGAAGAUGAAAUUGGCUCAUUUACUCUCGAUGAUUAUUCAGAUAUUAUGUUGGAGCAUCUGAUCGAAUUUGAAGUUCAACAAUUUAUGGACGCCGAGCAUGAGUUGGAUUUUGUGAAGCUUAUAUUGGCCAAGUCACCUGCACUUAAGAAGGUGAGCAUAUUCGCAUGUUUUAAGUUAGAUGAAGGUGAAGAUGAAGAGAUUUUAAAAAGGCUUUAUCUUUCUCCACGCGCAUCACCUGCGGUAAAAAUCAUGCUCGAAUAACUGAAAUCCAUUUAGUCAUGCCUUUCGUUUGUUUCGUUCCGAUAUGAGGUUUUGAGAUGGAUUGUCUUUUGCGUCUUGAAGUUGUGAAGGGGAAUGAGAAGGCAUAUGAUUAUUUACAAUAAUCAUUGAAAUAAUAAGCCCGCCCCGCUUACUUAUUACUUGAUUAUAAUAAAAUUUGAGUUAAUUACUCGAAUAGUCUUCCAACAUCUGUGUUGUCUUUAUUGAGGUUUUUGGUUAAUAAAAGAAUAUACAAGCAAGAAAA